UAUUUUAUUAUCCAAACUCCCUGCCUCCACCACCAUUUCACACAUCCCGCAAUUCCAUGUGCUUUUGUUGUGGUGUUUGCUUGCUGCAAUUCCCUUCAACUUCAGGCAAAAAGUAAAAAAGGUUCUCUCUUUGUCAUUACAGAUACACAUAUUUUGGGGUAUAGCGAAGAAAACAAAACCCAGAAAGAAAGGUAAUCCUGCAAGGCUGACUGUAUAGGAUUCUUGACAAUGGGGAUCAUUUGUGGUUGAAUGGGUUCAUUUUGAAAUGGGUUUAUGGGCUUUUCCUGUAAGAAGAGAUCUAGGGUUCUAGAGGUUUGAUUUGUUGGCUUUUGAGGGUGGGUUUGAAGGAGGUUUGCGGAGGCUGCUUUUCCUUCUGAAUCCCAUCAUUUACAGCUAAAAUGAGUAGACUCGAUACACGUCUAUGUGUACAUAAUGUACUAGUAGUUGUUCUCGUUUUAAGUUUUUAGAGUUGUAUAAUAAUUUUAUAUCCAUGAAUUAAGUAAUGUUUGUGUUGCUAUAUGAAAGUAAUGGGUUACAUGUUCUCUUCCUCUUCCUCUUCCUCUUCCUCUUCAUUUUUGUUGUUUUCUUGUUUUUGAUUAUUAAUUGGCUUCUAAAGCUGAAAGAAAGAAUUUUAAGCUUUUUCCCUCCUCUCCCUUCAGUUUAGGAAUAUCUGAUUGCCUCAUCUUUGGAAGAUUGGAAAGGUCCGUUUGUGUGACCAGUUCUCUCUCUCUGUCUCUCUCUCUCUCCAUGUAUUAGUAUUUGUUGUUUUACAUGGGUCCUUUUACUUUUACAUAGUCAUUCCACCCCGUAGUUUGGUGAGAUUGCAAGAGAUGGUGAACCAAUUAGUUAUGAUAAUGAUGUAUUUGAACAUAGUAGGCAUUCAUUCUCUUAUGUAAUUGAUUGUGUUGUAUUGUCUGAUAAGAAUUUUGGGAUAUCAAGGUUGUUGCAAAAUAAGAUGAGGCAUCCUAAAAAAUGGCUUCUAAUCUCAAAAAUGAAUUAUCAAAGAAAACACAGAUUUUUCAUCUCAAGGUGUGGGUUUUAAUAGGGAUCUUGGUUGGGAUUUUCAUUGUAAUUAUCCUCUUGGUGCUAUCAUUUUGUCUUACUUCACGAAAGAAAGCCAGAAGGGCUAAUGACAAACUUCCUGUUAGCCAAAUCCCAAACGUGUCGAAGGAGAUCAAAGAGAUAAAGAUUGAUCAAAAUUCAGCUAACCAUUUUGCUCCUCGUGUUGGUGAUUUCCUUGCCCUUCAUGAUAAUUUCAGUGACAACGAUUCAGACAAAUUUCUGCUCCGUUCAAGCGUAGACAAGACAAAUAAUGCAGAUAAUAGUAGUCAGUCUGGCUCAUUUAAUCAUUUAGAGAAAGAUGGCUAUGGUUCUCAAUCAGGAGAAAAAGGGUGUAUCAGGCCACUUAAUGUGUUCAGACCUUCUUCGCAUCCUAUAACUGUUCCUUCCCCUCUAACUGGUCUGCCUGAAUUCUCUCACCUUGGUUGGGGUCAUUGGUUUACAUUAAGGGACCUAGAAAUCGCAACAAACAGAUUUUCAAAGGAAAAUAUUAUUGGCGAGGGUGGAUAUGGAGUUGUUUAUCAGGGCCAUCUGAUCAAUGGGACUCCUGUGGCUGUGAAGAACCUACUCAACAAUCUAGGGCAGGCAGAGAAGGAAUUCAGUGUUGAAGUGGAGGCUAUUGGUCAUGUGCGGCAUAAGAAUUUGGUUCGACUUCUAGGUUACUGUAUUGAAGGAACUCACAGGUUGUUAGUUUAUGAGUACGUCAACAAUGGCAAUUUGGAGCAAUGGCUUCAUGGGGCGAUGCGCCAGCAUGGAUAUCUUACUUGGGAAGCCCGCAUGAAAAUUCUCCUCGGCACUGCUAAGGCGCUUGCCUAUUUGCAUGAAGCGAUUGAGCCGAAAGUGAUACAUCGAGACAUUAAAUCGAGCAAUAUACUGAUUGAUGAUGACUUCAAUGCUAAAAUAUCUGAUUUUGGUCUAGCCAAGUUGUUGGGUGCUGGAACGACUCACAUUACAACCAGAGUUAUGGGUACCUUUGGAUAUGUGGCUCCAGAAUAUGCAAAUAGUGGCCUCCUAAAUGAGAAGAGCGAUGUUUACAGCUUUGGGGUUGUGCUCUUGGAAGCAAUCACUGGAAGAGAUCCAGUGGAUUAUGGCCGCCCAGCACAUCAGGUAAACCUGGUCGACUGGCUUAAAAUGAUGGUUGGCAGCAGGCGCUCAGAUGAAGUGGUUGACCCAACCAUUGAGAUCAGGCCCUCUACAAGUGCCCUUAAAAGAGCCCUUUUGACUUCUUUGAGGUGUGUUGACUCAGAUGCUGCCAAGAGACCAAAGAUGGGUCAAGUUGUCCGCAUGCUUGAAUCAGAGGAAUAUCCCAUUCCACGAGAGGAUCGAAGACGCCGAAGGAACGAUGCUGUAACCAUAGAAGUUGAAUCACAAAUGGAGAACUCCGACACAGAUAAGAGCGACAAUCCAGUCUUGAGGUCAGAUAAACGAAGAAGCCACAGGGCAUAAUCAAGCGGGUGAGGCAUUUAUAGAUUUUGAGCAGCAUAUGCCAAGGGGUGAUUCCCACAUUCUUUGCAUCUUCUGAGCUCAGCACAAUGAAGAUCAAAGCAGGCAGAGCAGUGGAGGUGAAGUAUUAAGGGAUUUUCUUUUUGUGUAUGAAGUUGACAUCACAAAGAAUAGCCUACAAACUGGUAGUAUGUACAGGUCUUUGCGAAAGUUUUUAUUUAUUUUUUACUUCUUUUCGUAGGCUGAUGUAGUUCACAUGGAUUAUUAAUCAAUUGCCAUUGCUGUGAAGAAGGCAAAUGAUUUGAUUUUGUGAUUGGAUUUGAAGAAAGUUCUUUUAUUUUUCCCCCAUUUUUUGUGUAUGUAUCUCCUCCAAAUUACACUAUUCAAAGAAUCCAGGCACUGCCUACACUUCAAAAAGUA